AUGGCUUUAGCAGGAAGGAAAAGGUCACAGUUGGCAGGCCAGCUAGAAAAUGGAAUGGGAGGGAGCCAGCCAAGGAGCAUUGUGGAAAAUCCUCAAAUUUAUUUUUUCAUUGUAAACUCGGACUUCUUUGCCAAAUAUGCACAUCUUGAGCACCCCAGGUUAAGGUCCCGGAGCCUGCAGGGCACCCCGGGCCCCCUCCUCCCGGCCCCCUCCCUCCCCCCGGGGCUUGGGGAGCCCCGAACUGGCGUCUGCAGCCCGGGAGUUUCGAGGGCUGGGAGACAGCUGGGUGUCACGUGGGGAGGCCGCGCGGGGACAGGCGCCCGGGGAUCGGGUUCCCACCAUCACCCCCCCCCCCGCCCUCGACCCCCCACCCGGGAAGCUGCAGUCGAAGGGCCGCAUCCCCAGAGCCCAGGCCCGGGGUUCGGGGAGGCCGUGGGGGAGGGGAGCGGCCCGCCCGGGGCCGCACAGGUGGGGGGUCCGCGCCAGGGGUUCGAGUCCCCGCCUCGACCCCCCCCCCCCCCGGGAAGCUGCAGCCCGGGGGCCGCAUCCCCAGAGCCCAGGCCCGGGGUUCGGGGAGGCCGUGGGGGAGGGGAGCGGCCCGCCGGGGGCCGCACAGGUGGGGGGUCCGCGCCAGGGGUUCGAGUCCCCCCCUCGACCCCCCCCCGGGAAGCUGCAGCCCGGGGGCCGCAUCCCCAGAGCCCAGGCCCGGGGUUCGGGGAGGCCGUGGGGGAGGGGAGCGGCCCGCCCGGGGCCGCACAGGUGGGGGUGCGGCGCCGGGUCCCCCCAGCGGGAGCGAGGGGCGCCGCGGGGGCGCGGGGGCCGGGCCGAGGGGGCUCCCGCGAGGUGGCGCUCAGGCUCCUCCUCCGCGCUCAGGUUUCCUCUCCCGCCCGCCGCCCGCCGCCCGCCGCCCGCCGCGCCGCCUCCCCCCGCGCCGGGCCCACUCGGCGGCCUCCGCCCGCUUUCUCUCUCCGCUUCCCCUCGAGCCUCCGGAGGCGCCCGCAGCCGCGGGGCGCCCGGGAAGAUGGCGGCGGCGGGCGGCGGCGAGGGGGCGCGGGGCCGGGCUGCGCUGCGGGGCCGGGGCCGGGGUGGGGGCCGCGCGGGCCGGGCCCGUCCGCCGGCGAGGACGCGCGGGGCCCCGCGCCCGGCCCGCUGCACCCCGAGGAGGUCGCCGCGCGGCUGCAGCGGAUGCACCGCGAGUUGAGCAACCGCAGGAAAAUCCUGGUCAAAAACUUGCCCCAGGACAGCAGCUGCCAGGAAGUUCACGAUUUAUUACAAGACUAUGAGUUAAAAUAUUGUUAUGUGGACAGAAAUAAGCGAACAGCUUUCGUAACCUUACUGAAUGGAGAGCAAGCCCAGAAUGCAAUUCAGAUGUUUCAUCAAUAUUCUUUUCGAGGAAAGGACUUAAUUGUUCAGCUACAGCCAACAGAUGCCUUGCUGUGUAUUACCAACUUGCCCACUUCUUUCACACUAGAAGAGUUUGAAGAACUUGUUCGUGCUUAUGGAAAUAUUGAAAGAUGUUUUCUAGUCUACAGUGAAGUUACUGGCCAUUCCAAAGGCUAUGGAUUUGUGGAAUACAUGAAAAAGGACUUUGCUGCAAAGGCUAGAUUGGAGUUACUGGGUAAACAAUUGGGAGCAUCAGCUCUGUUUGCACAAUGGAUGGAUGUUAAUCUAUUGGCCGCAGAGCUCAUUCAUUCUAAGUGCCUUUGUAUAGAUAAACUCCCUAGUGACUACAGGGAUUCAGAGGAGCUGUUGCAAUUUUUUUCCAGUAUACAUAAACCUGUGUUUUGCCAGCUUGCACAGGAUGAAGGCAGUUAUGUUGGUGGCUUUGCAGUAGUUGAAUAUAACACUGCUGAGCAUGCUGAAGAGGUUCAUCAAGCAGCUGAUGGAAUGACCAUCAAAGGAAGCAAAGUCCAAGUUUCCUUCUGUGCCCCAGGAGCACCAGGGCGAAGUACAUUAGCAGCAUUGAUAGCAUCUCAACGUGUGAUGCACAGUAAUCAAAAAGGCUUACUUCCAGAGCCAAACCCUGUACAAAUUAUGAAAAGUUUAAACAAUCCUGCCAUGUUACAAGUUCUUCUGCAACCCCAGCUCUGCGGGCGAGCUGUUAAACCAGUUCUUGGAACACCUCACAGCUUGCCCCAUCUGAUGAACCCAUCCAUCUCCCCGGCGUUUUUGCAUUUGAAUAAAGCACAUCAGAGUGCAGUUAUGGGUAAUACUUCCAAUUUAUUCCUUCAGAAUCUUUCUCAUGUACCACUGGCGCAGCAACAAUUAAUGAAAUUUGAAAAUAUUCAUACUAAUAAUAAACCAGGCUUACUUGGAGAUCCCCCCGCCAUGGUACUUCACACCACAGUGGGGAUCGGGUCAGCACUUCCUUUGAAUACAGAGUUGGGUCACCAUGGAGAAGCACAUAAAACAUCUAAUCUGAUUCCAACUCAAACAACUUUAACAGCUGGAAUGGGAAUAUUGCCAUUCUUCCCAAAUCAGCACAUUGCUGGACAAGCUGGGCACGGGAAUACUCAGGAGAAACAGCCAGCCUCGGUGGGGAAGGCAGAAGGAAAUUUCUCAGGGUCACAGGCUUAUCUUCAGAGCUUUCCAAACCUUACUGUUGGAAGCUUGCUGACAGGACACCAUAAGCAACAGCAAAGUCAGCCGAGAGGCACAGAGAUAAGUUCAGGGGCUGCCUCCAAGAAUCAGACUUCACUAUUGGGAGAACCACCAAAAGAAAUACGGCUCAGUAAAAAUCCAUACUUGAACUUGGCAAGUGUGUUACCCAGUGUGUGCUUAUCAUCCCCAGCAAGUAAAACCACUCUACAGAAGACUGGAAUUACAAGCAAUAUUCUGGAUGCAAUCUCUCAGGGAAAUGAAUCACAACACACAUUGGAAAAGUGCAUUUCUUAUUCUCAACCUUUUGGUGAUUAUGCACAGGUAUCAUCUUUAAGAAAUGAAAAGCGAGGCUCAUCAUAUCUCAUCUCUGCCCCAGAAGGUGGUUCCGUGGAAUUUGCCGACCAGCAUUCUCAGGGCACAGGAGCAUAUUACAUGGAAACGUACUUAAAGAAGAAGCGUGUAUACUGAGCUAAGUUCUCUCCAUAUAAUCUCGUAAGGUUUUUUGCAGUAUCUCUGCUGUUCAUCGCUGCCUUAACUACAUUCAGAUUAGCCAUAUCCUUUCAAUACGGGUUUCUAAUUUCCCAGAAGGAACUGUAUUGUGCAGCAAGCAGAAUUGCCAAAUAAAAACUAAGUAGCAAUAAGACAAUUGAGGACAUUUUCCAUUAGAAUUAGAUGCAUCUUAAUUGGUAUUAACUUAUAGCCAUUGGAGAAAUUCACAAUGUUCCAAUAUUCCUUAUUUAGGACUGGGAAUAAUUUUGACACCAUAUAUAAAAGUAUGAAGCAAUAACUGGGAAACAGUCUUGUUUCCUGAGCCUUAGAAGAAUGAGUUUCUUUUAUGCCAAUGUGCAUUUCAAUCUACUUUUCCUAGAACAAAAGAGUGCAACUACAAAAUGCAGUGGUGGUAAAGAUGUUCUACAUGCAAACUAAAUAAUUACCCCCAAAUCAGCCCUGCAAUAUAAAACCCAGAGUGAUGUCCAAGUUCUACACAACUACAGAUGCUUUACUUUUAAUGUUAUCUACCAUUUAUACUUUUUGUGAAAAACAAGCUAUUUUUUUUUUUAAAGUAGCUUUAGUGAAUAAUUUCAGGGGUUGGAAGACUACACCCUGAGGUUAAGUUCAGUUCACCUGUUUUUAUAUUGUCUGCAAGCUAAGAAUGAUGUUUACAUUUUUAAAUGAAGUAGAACAUAUUUGAAUUAAGUACUAUGAAAUUUAAAUUUCAGUGUCCAUAUAUAAAAUUUUAUUGGAACACAAAUAUGCUCAUUCAUUUACAUACUGUAUGUGGUUCCAGGUGUGCUGUAGUGGCCGUGCUGAGUAGCUGUAACAGAGACCAUCUGGUCUGCAAAGCCUAAAAUAUUUACUCCCUGGCCCUUGAUGGGGGAACGUGUGCUGACCCUGCUCUAAGAGCACUAAUUCCCUAAUCUUUUAACUUCUGCAACAGGCUAGUGGGUGGCAAGUGAUGUCGGUUUCUGAGUCUGAUUUUAUGGCAUAAACUAGUGAUAAACAAGGCCUGUUUUGAUCCUUGAAUGUCCUAUUUCCACCAUACAGUCAGUCUAUACUGCUCUUUCUGAAGGAACAUUAUGGAAGUAAGAGUGUAACAACUCGGAGCUAGUAAGUUAUACCUCACUUUCUGCUUUGUCUCUUAGUCUUGUGUAGUGUUAGGCUGAAAAAUUAUCUCCGCUGUUUAACUCCAUUUGGCAAGAACUGCAUUCAUUGCAUAUUACUUUUGACAUCACCAUUUCCUGAAGACUUUGGUAUUAAACACAUGAGCAAUCCUUUGCCAUCUAGAAAUUUUCAAGUUUAUUCCUCAUUACGAAUCUCAAUGAUCCUAGUGUUUUUGAAAUCAGAUAAUUAAAUCUAAUUCAGGAAACUUAUUUUUGACUAUGAUCUAAAGCAAUUGGCCUAUUUCAUAUGUUAUUAACUUCUAAAGUGACAAAGUUAACUUCUAAGGACUAGCAUCAGUUAUGACUCAGCAGAUGAAUAAUGGUUUCUCCAUGUUCUGCACUUCUCCUUUCCAUUUCCUAUUGCAUUGAACAUCUUCAAUGCUUAGUCACACCUUUCUGAUAAUAUAAACAGAAGAUGGUGAGUUUUAAAUCAGAGCUGAAAAAUGAAACAGGUUGAAAAAAACCAAGAUAUUUUGGACUAUAACACAUGUGGACCUGCGCCCAUUAUCAUUGGACAGAAUAGAUAAGUACAAAUCAAAUGGCGUUUGUAAUAAGGACUAUUACCAAACUCCCCCUGCAAAGUCUAUACUGUUAUUUUUCUAUGUAAACAAAUUGUUUGAAUGUUUUGAAAAUGAAAUCUUAAUAUUAAAAGGCAUAUGCAUGUGAA